AUGUACAAUUUGCUGAUUUUCAAUAUUGUCUUUGCUGCAACAUUUUUCGCGCUUGACGCCGCUCAGAGUGUUCACUGGCAGUGGCGAGAUCUCAUAUGCGAGACGAAAGAUGGUCAGGGUCCAGAUAAGAUAAGCAAAGAACCGGCAACAUGCAGAUUGGCUCUACGUGAAACUGGCAUUGACAACGAUCCAAAUGACAACAAGAGACCUGUACCGGAAAAUGACCCUAUAUGUUUUGACGUAAGGCUUUUAUAA